AGGUGUUGUUUGGUUAAGGAUUCCUUCCAGAGAUGUUAAGUCUAAAAAUGAUAAUCAUAAACAAGCACAGAUGGAGUGUGAAAGUAAACUUAGCACUAUUCGAUGAAACUAUGGCUUCCGAGUAGCAGUGCAUUUACAAUGUGAUAACAAGAACGAUGGAAUAUUAACAAUGUAUCGAUUUAAUUGUCAUGAAAGCAGAAUUUGUAUUUGUAACCCCCGAAAUUCAACAAUAAGUUAAGCCAAAAUUAUAUGUGCAAUUUUGGAAAUUAUAUGUGCAAUUUUGGAAAUUAUUCUUGAGUAUCUCUUUUACGUUGCAUUUCUUCAAGCCUCUAGCAGCGGCUUGUACAGGAGGUACGCACCCCUCCCCUCUACUUGGCAUGACCACAAGCUGCCCGGCAACCUUUGGAAACUCUAGAUGUUUCGAAAUGAUAUCUAGUAUUCUUUGUAUGCAAUGGUUUCGCCUAUUAUAUGUGGGCUCUCAUAGCUAAUUGUAAGAAAUCGUUGCAGGCGCAUUUCAUGAGAUGUUAGACCUUAUGAUAUGUUACUCAAUGUUAUUGGAUCAUGCUGUAUUAAACAUGAACCCUAACAGAUAAGUGCCCCAGGUAACACACGUACAGGUCUAUUAAGCACGUGCUACAUUACCUUAUGCAUGUGCAAUUUUUUACAUCCUGUUUAAACCUAGAGUAUCGUCGAGCUUUCUAGAUUACCUGUCGCCAGUUAGAGAAUCUCGUUUUAUUCCAAGGUCUAUCAGCACAUUAAAACAUCGUUAAAGCGAGAUAAUGCAAAUUGCCAUCCAAUCAUAAUAUAGCAUCCAUGACAACUUAUUAAUCAUUUAAAACCCCGCGGCCUAAGCAAUAUGGGAUUUUCCUAAACUAUUUAAAAACAAAAUGAAUAUAAGAAGAAAUAAGCUGAGCAGCUCAAAUCAGCCUUACUAGUUUCCUGAUAAUAUAUUUCCCUAAAGCUUGACAGAGAUAUUUAACUUUUGUGCGAAAUAAUAGCUAACUUUUUGAAAAUGUGCUGCAGUCGCCUUUUUUGUGGGAAUUCAAGUCUAGUAAGCUGCCUUUGCUGUUGGCGAAGUGUUUUCUACCAUCAAGGAUUUAGCGUUGAUAGAGAUUUCUACGAAGAAAUAACUGAAAAGGAAUGGAAGGAGUUGCACCGCUCUUCGCAGAAAACAAACAGCAAAAUGCGAGGUAAAGACCACGUGACAGCACGAAACCGAGACAUGUUCUUUGUUCAAACGGACAUCCUUUCACCGAUCCCAGAAUGCUUUGAUCUCGAAAUGCCGCGAGUACCACAUGGACCAUCCAAUGACAGCCCUCAAAUCUCACCACGUGACGAAACUGCCCUAUCGCCAAAAGCACGUCAUUCAUACAUCCGGCAGCCAGUCAGCACUCAGGAUUUGGUAAAGCAAGCGAUGGCUGAUUCAAGAAAUAGGAAGCCAGUGGCGGGAGACCGCAGAGAACAAAGAGCCCCUGAUUCGCCAUUACCGAGGCACAAGGAUUUGGGCUUAUUAGAGAGGCUAAGACACCGCAAAGACGGUCAUCAUUCCAACGUGGAUAAAAACGGGAACGCGUAUAUGUACGAAAAAACUCGCUCUAAGAUAAAAAUGAAAACCAAAAUCAAACGGCGGAAAGAGAGAAGCGGAAAUGCAGCGACGGAUAUAGGCAUGCAAAUGGACCAUGUCAGCAGUAUUGAGACGAGCAUCUCUUUCGCUUCGUACGUAAAGAGAAGAAAUCCGAACUUUUACCAGUUUAGAUCAAAGGAAAAAAACAAACUGGCGGCAGGGAUGGAGAAUGGCCACUGUGGAUUUCUUGGAUAUGGCGAAGUGCUGCACGCAGCUAGUGAUAACAACGUCACUUUUAAUCCAAUUUUUGACGAAGAGGAAUCGAGAGAUCGGCAACGUCAUUCAAGGGGUAUGGCGCAAAACACAAGAGAUAGUUUGCGGGAUUCGAAACAUCAUUUGCGGGACUCAAAAGAUCAUUCACGUGAUUUGAGACAUGCUUCAUGCGGAUCAGCCACAGUCAAAGGAGAUCAGAGCAAUCAGUCGCGUGACUCAAUAGUUCACUCGCGGGAUCACUCCACAGUUACGCCACGUGACCACUUAAAUCCUGAGCCUCGGUGCCACGUGAAUAGCACGUUCGAGGAGGAGGUGGAGAUUGGUGACGAGUAUUGCGUUGACGAAUUCGGGGUGCAUUACCGGACUAUUGUAUCUUUCAAGCAUAAAGGUCUGUACACGAUCGAAGAGGAGCCAGAAGAAAGCUGAAAACUAUUUUGAUUUUUUUGAAAUAUACGAUGUAAAUCUUAGGACUUUUUUCAGAGUAUCGUGUUAAGAUUUGUUUUCAGCCAUCUGUUUUCGAGGAAUGAUUUGUCUGCUAUGCUGAAUAUUUUGCUCCAUUCUCACGCUCAGGAAUUCCAAUAGUCAGAGAAACUUCAAUACGGCUUUGGUUGAUUAUAGCUCUUAGCUUCCCUCUUGGAUAAAGCGGGAAGUUUAGCGGUUGGAAUUGAGGAGAGUUCGCACGAUAUUCAAACUCACAGCAAAAGUGAUGGCCAAGGGUUUUAUAGAAUAAAUUGCUAGAAAUUUCUAGCAAUUUCAAAUUCAAAUUUCAAAUUUCAAAUUCUUUAUUCAGCAUUAAAAUAGCCCUUGCGUGUACCAGAGUUUUACACUUUUGUGUUAAUGGGGGAGUUGUGUGAAAGUAAGAAAAAACCGAAAACUCAUGAAUAGUCAGAUGAUUCAAAAUUUUGCGGACGCAAAAACGUAGCAAAAAGAAGAUAUGUCGAUGUUAAACGUACAUUCAGUCAGAAAUGAAUUUUCUAAACUAUAAUCUAUAAUAGAAAGCCUCAUGAACAGAACAGAACAGAACAGAACAGAACAGAACAGAACAGAACAGAACAGAACAGAACAGAACAGAACAGAACAGAACAGUUUUUUAUUUUCUUUUACAAAUAAUAUUUUACAUAAACACACUGUCGGCAAAUAGCUUAGCUAGUCUAGGCCGACAGUGUGAAGGACGUUAGAUUUCAUAAAUAGUAAAAAGAACUAUAGUAUACAUAAUAAGUAUUAAAUUAUAGAUAUUUUUUGUUUGCACAUUGAGAAAAGUAGGAAAAGAGUAAAGAAGAAAAAUUGGGAGGAUUAUUGUUGAAUAUUGAGUAUCGUAUAUAUGUCAGCAUAACUGUCCUCAGUCUCAAGCAUUUGAAAAAGCAUUGAUUGGACUUCUUUUUUAAAUUUAUAUUUUGGCGAUUUCCUGAUGUUGGUGUUCAGGCUAUUCCAAACUUGAUUCUUGAGAAAGAGUAUUUUUGUUGGUUAAGUCUCGAUUGUUUGAUAGAAAAAUUACCGACCGACGAACCACGGGUGUUGUAUUGGUUAAUUUCAUGAAGAGGUGUGAAAAGAUUUAGAAUGUUAGACGGAGCAGCAUUAUUAUAGACAUCAAACAUUAGAGAAGCUAAAGAUUUGUAGUAAAGCAUACUAACUGGCAGGAUAUUAGAUUGAAUGAAAUAUGGAACAGCAUGAGAACGAAAGGGAGCGAAAUUCAUGAGGCGUACUGCCCUUUUUUGUAGAACAAGAAUUUUAUCUAAAUGUGAACGUGCAGCCUGGCCCCAGGCUACAAGACCAUAUGUAAUCAAAGGUUGAAUUAAAGAUCUAUAUAUAUUUGAUAACGUUGAAAA